UAAGGGGAAGUAUUCAGUCUUCAACAAAGUGCUGAAGAUCGCAAACGUCUGGGAGCAGAGCGCAUUUUUCUCCACGAUUGCACAUUUUCAAGGUGAAAACUUUCUUGACACAUUGUCGCACCUUUUUGUCAUUAGUGAUUACACUUGCAUGACAACAGGUUACAUCACUCCAAUCAGCCAUUCAUCCCCAGCAAACACUUUUCCUGGGAAAGUGAAAGUUUACUGAAGAAGAAAGGAAUCACGGAGAUGGAGGAAGUCAAUGCCAAGAAAAAACAACUUGAAGAGGAUAUGGCAACAAACAAACCUAUGCAAGAAGUCAGAGGUGAAAGGAACCCAUAUACAUUUGCUGAGGUCCCACUAGUAGCGGAAGCAGGACCAGGCGAAUACACAAGACUGCAAAAGCCAUCUGAGGAUAUCUAUUCAAACGUUGUGGAUCCAACCAAACAACCAGCCAAACAGGUCCAAGGUUCCGUGAGGCCUUACCGUGUUGCAUGCUUGAUCCUGACCGUGCUCUGCUUGGUGCUGCUGCUGGUUGCCAUCAUCCUCUUGGUGAAAAUGACAGCUGAUUCCACCACCUGCCCGGUGAGCUUGGUGAGUUGGGUUCCACCAACAUGCAGCACGGACCAGUGCACGGCUUUCACUUCUCAAGAUCGACACCAAUGUUACUGCUGCAACCAGUGCCCCCCGGGGUGGCUGAGACUGGAGGAGUCCUGUUUCUUCUUGUCCACACUCAAGCUCAGUUGGGAGGAGAGCCAGAGGAACUGUUUGGAGAAAGGAGGAUCUCUGGCUGUGGUCAGCAGCCACAAAGUCCAGUACUUUCUCAGUCAAUGUGGGAAUUUCAUGAAAUACUGGAUCGGUUUGCGGCACAAUGGGGCUAUGUGGACCUGGGUGGACAACACCAACUUGCAACAGAGUUACUGGGGAGCAUACCCGACAGCAGGGAACUGUGCGAUACUUCACAGCAACGGCCUUCCAGAGAACUGGAUGACGUCUUCCUGCAGCUCAUACACUUACUUCAUCUGUCAGAUGAACCUUGGAACCGCAGUUCAUCAGGACACUCCUCUCCUGCAUCCAAUUGAAAAACCCUAAACGAUAGAUGCUCUGCAAGUUGAGAUACAUAGCACUGUAUAAUGUCUGUAGCAAUUUGUAGCAACAUUUCUAUUAUAUAAUACGCUUAGCAUAAUUAUUAGACCAUGUGUUACGAUAACGUGCUUUAACGUGGGCUCUUUUAAUUUCUUCUUUGGGCUCUCAACAUUCACCAUUUUGAAAAGGCUGAGGAAUUUCAAAUUGAAUUCCCCUUUUUCAAACCCAGAAAUUAAUCAUUAAUUAAAAUCAAAACGCAAGCAUUAAAAAAAAUGUUUCUGGUCUGGAAUGCAAGUCAGUAACUCUUCAUUUGACAUCAAUAUAUAAUCACACACUUUAUAAUUUUUGCAGAUUUUUUUAAAAUUGUGAAACAGUCAAUUUGAAAAUUAGUGGACGACAAUGACAACGACAUUGGAGCAUUAAAAAUAUCAUUUUGGUUAAAGAGCUUGUACAUUAGCAAUGCUGUUCAUGUGGCAUAAACCUUACAUUGGGUGCUGGUCUAAUACAUUUGUUAAGCACUGUGUAGAGUAUGUGUGUGCAUGUGCUAAUAAGAUAAUAAUAGCUCAGCUCAUAGCUCAUUUUUUACCCCCGUCUGCACACUCCACCAAUAAAUAGAUUUUGGGGAUUUAUUUUUAAUCCACUUUAAAUAACAAGCCACAAAAAAACUACACACAAAUAGUGUAUCUUUGUUGAUCUAUCUAUGCCAUUCAGCAAUUUUAAAUACAAUUGCAGUUGCCUUAGUCUAAUGUGGUAGAUAAGUAUUAUUAUGUGGAACCAAAAGCCUUGAAUUAUGCUUCAAUAAAGUGUUAUUGUCACAUAAA